AUGAUCCUUACGCUCAUAUGGGUAGUGGUCAUAAUUGCUGCAGCCGUGCUGUUCCUUCGACAGGCGUACGCAACAUUUGAUCGAUGUGAAAUUAAAUAUUUAAAGGCAGUACCCAUUUUAUCCGACAUAGUCUCGAUGGUAAGACCUAAGGAACACAUUGGUCUAGAUCUCGCGAGAACUUACAACAGUUUUCCUAAUGAGAGGUUCGUGGGGAAACUCCAGUUUCUGAAAGAGGCGAUAUUAAUACGGGACCCUGAACUCAUCAAGAAGAUGACAGUCAAAGACUAUGAGUACUUCCUUAACCAUCCCAACACUGGACCUCCUGAAUCAUUCUUUAGCAAACUUUUGUUCUUUAUGAAAGGUGAAGAGUGGAAGGAAAUGCGCUCUACGUUGAGUCCAGCGUUCACAAGCUCUAAGAUACGCCUGAUGGUGCCUUUCAUGGAGGAGGUCGGAGAUCAGAUGAUAUUGAACCUUAAGAAGAAGAUCGAAAAUUCAAAAGAUGGCUACGUAGAUAUUGAAUGCAAGGACCUCACAACACGUUACGCUAAUGAUGUGAUAGCAUCCUGUGCCUUUGGUCUGAAGGUGGACUCUCAUAAUGAUGAGAACAACCAGUUCUACUCAAUGGGAAAGAUACUUAGCUCAUUCAGUUUGGCUAAAAUACUGCUGUACAUGAUCCUUGUCAAUAUACCAUAUGUCAUGGAGAUUUUAGACUGGGAUUUCAUCCCAAAGUCAACUCAGAGAUAUUUCAAAAGCCUGGUAUUAGAAACGAUGAAGAACCGUGAGUUACAGGGCAUUGUGAGACCUGAUAUGAUUCAUCUUCUAAUGGAAGCAAAGAAAGGCAAAUUAAAGCAUGAGGAUGAUAAGUCAAGUGAUGAUGGAGCCGGGUUCGCGACUGUUGAAGAGUCUUUGGUUGGAAAGAAAGCCAUUACAAAUAAAGUAUGGACUGAUGAAGAUUUGGUGGCUCAAGCAUUCAUUUUCUUUGUUGCUGGCUUCGAAUCAGUUUCAUCAAGUAUGUCAUUCUUACUGCACGAGCUGGCACUGAACCCUGACGUGCAGGAACGCUUAAUACAGGAGAUUAGAGAACAUGAUGAGAAGAAUGGAGGAAAGGCGGACUUCACUUCUAUACAGAGCAUGAAAUACAUGGAUAUGGUUGUCUCAGAGGUGUUAAGAAAAUGGCCUCCAUUUGUAAUCAUUGACAGAGAAUGUACCAAAGAUUACAACUUGGGAAAGCCCAACGACUCAGCUUCACGAGAAUUCGUUGUACAAAAAGGUGCAGAAUUGUGGAUUCCAACGUAUGCCUUUCACCGCGACCCUCAGUACUUCCCGGACCCUGAGAAGUUCGAUCCUGAGCGUUUCUCCGAUGAAAACAAACACAAAAUCAAACCAUUUACAUACAUGCCUUUUGGUUCUGGUCCUAGGAACUGUAUUGGUUCAAGAUUUGCCCUCUGCGAGAUAAAGGUGAUAGCCUACCAGCUUCUGCGUCAUGUGGAGCUGUCACCCUGUGAGAAGACCUGCAUCCCUGCCAAGCUCUCCACUGACAGUUUCAACUUGAAGCUGGAAGGUGGACAUUGGUUAAGGUUUAGACUAAGAAAGUAG